AUGUGGUGGCUUUUAGCAACAACAUGUUGUCUGCUUCUCCCUGGACACAUAGAUGGCCAUAAGCAAGGAAUAGUCACAAAUCCCGAAGCCAAUAUGAACAUUGUAUGUGUUUUUCAGAGUGAAAUCAUUUCUUACUGGGGCUAUCCUUAUGAAAAAUAUGAUGUCAUAACAGAGGAUGGUUAUAUCCUUGGAAUUUACCGGAUUCCUCAUGGGAAAGGAUGUUCAAGAAAAACAAUUCCGAAAGCAGUUGUGUAUCUGCAGCAUGGCUUAGUUGCAUCUGCCAAUAACUGGAUUUGCAACCUGCCCAACAACAGCUUGGCUUUUCUUCUGGCCGAUAGUGGCUAUGACGUGUGGUUGGGGAACAGCAGAGGAAACACCUGGUCUAGGAAACACUUGAGACUGUCACCCAAGUCACGGCAAUAUUGGGCCUUCAGCUUGGAUGAGAUGGCUAAAUAUGAUCUUCCAGCUACAAUCAAUCUGAUCUUAGAGAAAAGUGGACAGAAGCAACUUUUCUAUGUGGGCCACUCCCAGGGUACCACCAUAGCAUUCAUUGCAUUCUCUACAAAUCCAGAGCUGGCUAAAAAGAUUAGGCUGUUCUUCGCACUAGCUCCAGUGGCCACAGUAAAAUACACUCGGAGCCCAAUGAAAAAAUUAACCACCCUUUCCAGGAAAGCUGUCAAGGUAUUGUUUGGUGACAAAAUGUUCUCCACUCACACGUGGCUUGAACAAUUCAUUGCUACCAAAGUGUGCAACCGGAAGUUAUUCCGUCAGAUAUGCAGCAACUUCCUGUUUUCUCUAAGCGGAUUUGAUCCCCAAAACUUAAACAUGAGUCGCUUGGAUGUUUAUAUGGCGCAGAGUACUGCAGGAACAUCUGUUCAGAACAUGCUGCACUGGGCACAGGCUGUCAAUUCUGGUCAACUCCAAGCUUUUGACUGGGGCAAUCCUGACCAGAACAUGAUGCACUUCAACCAGCUUACACCUCCUGUAUACAACAUCACUAAGAUGCGUGUACCAACAGCGAUGUGGAGUGGAGGACAGGAUGUUGUGGCAGAUGCUAAGGACACUAAAAAUCUGCUCCCUAAAGUUGCCAACCUUAUCUACUACAAGGAAAUCCCACACUACAAUCAUAUGGAUUUUUACCUCGGACAAGAUGCACCCCAGGAAGUUUACGGAGACCUAAUUAGAAUGAUGGAAGAAUCUUUGCAAAAUUAA